AUGGUACGUCAUGCGCAAACUCCCGAACAGCGACGCCGCAAUGCCAAAUUCGCCAAGGACCAGGAGAGCCGCAUGGGAAAGUCCAUUGACCAAAUCAAGAAGCGCGAAAAGGCCGUCCAGAAGCCCACCAUCUCUCCAUUUUGGAUUGUUCUUCUCGCCUUUGUUGUCUUUGGCGGCCUAAUCUUCGAGGUCAUCGCCCGCUGGUGGGGUCAAUAA